AUGCCCGAGCACCACCCCGAUCAACCCAGCCUUCUCGAACCAGGCUCACCGCAAGCAAUGCCAAGCACCCUGCCCACCACAACAACCUGUCAGGAUGCCGCCAGCCCUAAUGUGGAGUCCCUAGAUGCCAUUACACGCAAAGUCGUAGGGGAGGACGAAGGCGAUGACUCAAAUGAAGGAGAUCGUCUUGUUCCUUCCGCUAGUGAGAGUGAGGAGUACGAUGAUAGUGGCGAUGAGAGCUUCACUCCGGACUCAGAAGUUGCUGACAGCGACGUCGAAUCCCUCUCAACCGCCAGCUCCUCCAGCGGUCACCAAGAAGAAGAGGACAAAAGCAACUUUUUGUUCGAGGGGGUCCUACGAGCUCGGAUAACUGAGAUUAUAAACGCUGACUCCGAGCGCAUGACAAGUUUGCACACGCUACUGGCACUUCUCAUGAUCGCACUUCUCAUGAUCGCUCCGACAGCAGAGCGCUUGACAUUUGGACGAUGGAUCAGUUAG